AUGUCCAGAUUAACGGUAGAUAAAAUUCACGUUAAAAGUCUCCGUGCCUACUACGACGAUAAUACGGGAACAGAGGUAGAGGAGACUGAUGCGAUGCUCUACUACAAGACACAAACCUUCUAUUGUAAGAUCACAAUUGAGCUGCCUACAUGUACAGCGGACAAGGACUGGUCUGUGGGACUUGUACAAGCAUGUGACUUUAUGUACCUGGCGAACGAUUAUGGUGGCUUGGGCAACUCCUUGUGGGAGUUCCAUCCCCUCAAAAGUGGUCUUCGGAAGGUGAUCAACGACAGUGAUGGGCGUCAGUAUCCAUUCUACAGUGUGAAUCAAAGUCUCUACAAUAUUAAAAAGGGUAUUGUCCGAAGAACAACUGUGAAUCUCCAAAUUAAAGACUACUUUCAUCCUUCAGUGGUUUGGGAGCUUCCAUACUCUAGAGGUGUGCAUUUAUCAGAAAUAAAUCGGAAGCAAAGGUUUUUCAUCUGGUUGGUAGCCAUCAAGUAUGGCAAGAAGGCAUGUGGCAAGGACGAAAUACACAUAUUGAAGAAAAUUCGGUGGGAGUACAACUUGCAUAUGGAAGUUGAUCCGCACAUGCCACUGGGGCAAAAGGUGCGGAAAAUCUAUGACGUACAAGACGGAUCCAUAUUGAUGUGUGAUUCGAGUCGAAAUCAGAAGCUUCCAGCUGCAGCCACUUAUGCACCACACUGCAACGCAGCUCAGUCCCUCAUAUGGUAUCCCAGGGAUCCCCUUCGGCAUUCAAGGAUCCUGGUUCCCCCCAAGCAAAUCAUUGUACCUUGGGAAACUUGGGUGUCUGACAUGCUCGGGCCUGCGGCUCGGAUUCGCAGGCCGGUUGAUGUGACCGAAAUCUCGGAAUCCGUCGCAUUGCGACUCCGUCCAAACUGCGUCAGCUGUUUGAUAAAAAGAUCCAAAUGCUUUAUGCUUAUUGCACGUCCUCGAGAAGGAAUGGAGGACAUAAAAGCCGCUUUAGCACUUGAUCCCAGAUCAUAUAAAGCUAUGCUACAAAUGGCCGAAGUAUUAUAUCAAUCAACAGCAUUUGAAAGUGCAUUAGUGUAUUUUUAUCGUGGACAAAAAGUUCGACCAACUGCGAACGACUUUAUUUUGGGUGUGACCAAAUCAAAGUCCGCAAUUAUUAAUGCGAUUGGGGAGCCAAGGAAAGUGAAAUUUGCUUUAUCGGAUGAGGCAAAGGAUGGCAUCAGAAAUCCAUCUGAGGUACCUUUAAAUGAACUGCCAAAUGAACUAUUGAAUCUUACACAUGAGUCGAAACUUUCGGACAAACAUUUUCAGCAACUUAAACGAUUGAUGGGAAAGUCGUACGACGCUGUUCAACACUUUCAACAACUGUCAAAUAGCGAAGAGAGAUAUGAAAUGUAUUUGAAGAACUCUAAGGAAAUAAGCCAACUUGCUGCCGAGGCGUACAGAUAUUUGGGUGUGAGGUCGGAGUUCUGGCGCCAACAGGAACCGAUGUACAACCGAAUUAGGAAAUGUAGAAAAAAAACAAGCAGGAAUGUAUCGUCGAGGGAUGAUAUGAACGCGCUUCAGCGACUCGUACACAUGCUCCAGGACAUCAGUGAUGUGCAACGUGCGGGUGAUCACGUCAAAGCCUUGCAACUCUGCGCAGCUCUUCGGGAGGACAUGAAGGUUUUCAAUCCAGACUUUGCGGCGCUAACCGAAGUUAUGGCGGAUCUCCACGCGUUUGAGGCCGUGUCAAACUUCCAUUUACAAAAUUACAAGGAGGCUCGAGAUGGCUUCCUAGCACAGCUGGAGACAUGCAGGAAUGGGGAUUUGCAGCAUCACAUACCGCGAUGCUUGGAGAACCUUGGUCGAGCCUACGCCAAGCUUGAAAACUACCAAGCCGCUAAGGAGGUGUGGACUGAAAGACUUCAAUACGAGACGACAGGCUCGGAGAAGUCCUGGCUUCACUUUGAGCUUGGACUAUGCAACAUGGAGCUGGGUGAAUAUGAGGAGGCUGUGAUGAAUGGUUUGGUCUGCAAGAAGGGGAGUGAACGAGCCUUUGAUAUGGACUGGGAAUUGAGGGCCUGUGUCUUAAUUGCACAGGCCCAUUUGGCACUUAACAAUCUUAAUGAAGCGCAGACGUACUUCCAAAAUGCACAGUAUGCCGCCUACACUUUAAACAACCAGAAGUUGGAGGAGCUUUUGGUGGUGGCACUGGAGAAAGUAGAGGCGGCAAUAGAGGAGAACGAGCGUAAAGCAGUGGAGGAGGAGUAUGAGAGCUUUGAUGCGGAAGAGGAGGACUGGGAGGAUUUGCCAGAAAGGUUAGCUGCCAAAACAUUAGCAGCUAAGUCUCUAUCAAAUUCACCAGGUACCCGUGGUGUCUUUGCCGGUGCAUCUCGCGGAGAAGCUCAAAUAAGCGGCGACUGGGUUACGGUUAUCACCGCAGUUGUUUUCGUGCUAUCGUGGACCAGAUGCCCUAUGUGCGACGGGCGCCCGGACCUACCUACGUGGCCUCCUAAUGAUGCAGUGAAGAAGGGAGGAUCCUCCCUCCUACCACCCUCCGACUCCCCUCGCCUUCACCCACCUCCACUUCGACGUUCCCUGUUGCCGCCACUGCUUCCGGAGCAUUUUGCCUUGUGUGGCUACGACGUUUACUCAUGGCGGCCAGUCACCAGUAUUCUCAGGGUGCUCCGUCUUCGGUUCACACCAAAUCUCGCCUUCACCGAACGCUAG